AUGGCGGGGCCGGUUGCCCUGGCGCCGGGCAGUGUUGACGGAGCUGCCAUGGUCCCGAGGAGCCUGCGGGUGGUGGGGCUGAUGCGGGAACUGCCCUUCCAGGCGGCCCGCAGCGCCGCGCAGGCUCUGAAGCUGAAGUUCCCAAAGAAGUUUGCUGAUCCUGUCAUAGAGCCUUUAGUAGAAUUUGCGUGGCAUGAAUAUUUAGAGGAGAAAAAGAAGGAGCUGAGAGGUGAGGUGUGGGCUUACACCUCCUCCGUGAUGUGCUUCCUGGAUGGGCAGCUGCUGGGGGAUGAGCAGGAGCUGCUCAAGUGGGCUCUCCGUGAGUGGGACUAUCGUGACUUCAAGCCCAAGGCCCUUUACCAGGCCAUUGCUGAGGAUUUCUACACCAAACACCUGAGAAGCAGCCAGCACAUCUUCGUGUUCCUGGAGAUCACCAUAGAUGAAGAGCCCAUGGGGAGGCUGCUCCUUGAGCUCUUCUCGGACGCCUGUCCCAAGACCUGUGAGAACUUCCGUGCCCUGUGCUCUGGAGGAGCAAAGUCCCUCUGUGAUGGGAGGGAACUCACCUACAAGAACUCACUGUUCCAUCGCGUGGUGAAGCACGGGUGGAUCCAGGGAGGAGACAUCAUAACUGGGAAGGGAGACACAGGAGAGUCCAUUUAUGGUCCCACCUUUGAAGAUGAAUUCUCUGUCCCCCACAAGGGCAGAGGGGUCCUGGGCAUGGCCAACAAGGGCCGCCACAGCAACGGGUCCCAGUUCUACAUCACCCUCCAGCCAUCUCCCUUCCUGGACAGAAAAUACGUGGCUUUUGGGCAACUGAUCGAGGGCACAGAGCUCCUCCAGAGGCUGGAAGAUGUACCCACAGUUAAUGAGAGGCCCACGGUGGCCUGCAAGAUUAUCAACUGUGGGACCUUUGAACCGUGA